ACGACACUACAGCUGUGGCUCUCCAGUGCCCCGCCGUUUACCGGGCUACCGACCCCAAAUCUCCGACGAUACACCUGUGGGAAGUAGGCUACGCGCCAUACGUGACCUUAGUGGAUUGCGUCGCGGGGCAGGUUAUGAGGCCCCUCAUCUCAUGCCGUACCCAGCUCCAAGUUGCCACGGCAACGACCCAGCAUCCUUCUCAGGGUCGUCAUAGAAGCUUUCGGACAAAUGACAGCACAGUUCAAAGCCGCAUGAUUCCAGAUUCCCCUUUUUGUGCAGUCAGAAAUAGCAAGUUCAGAGAAGGAGCGAAGCAACUGGACUGAACUUCUUCACUGUGAUCGCGUCUUUGGCCCGAACAGGAACAAAGACACGCCCUCUAAUUUACUCCGAUAUGGUCAGCCUGUAUCUCUUCACAGUGUUGCUAUGGCGACUGGCGUCCCUGGCGACGGUGGCCCAGUCCAACGAGCGGCGCGUCGUGGCCCACAUUCCCGGUGACAUCAUCAUCGGCGCCCUCUUUUCCGUCCACCACCAGCCGCCGGCCGACAAAGUGCACGAGCGCAAAUGCGGGGCAGUUCGAGAGCAGUACGGCAUCCAGCGUGUGGAGGCCAUGAUGCACACGCUGGACCGAAUCAACGCCGACCCCAAAAUCCUCUCCAACGUCACGCUGGGCUGCGAGAUCCGAGACUCCUGCUGGCAUUCCUCCGUCGCUCUGGAGCAAAGCAUCGAGUUCAUACGGGACUCGUUGGUCGCCGCCGACGAAAGCGAGGAGGCUGGGGGCGGGACCAGGUGCGCGGAUCCGGGAGCCACGCCCAUGAAGGGCAAGAAGCCAAUCGUAGGGCUGAUCGGUCCGGGUUCGAGUUCUGUGGCCAUUCAAGUGCAGAAUUUACUGCAGCUGUUUAAUAUCCCGCAGAUCGCAUACUCCGCCACCAGUAUGGACCUCAGCGACAAAUCACUCUUCAAAUACUUCAUGAGGGUUGUGCCGUCGGAUGCCCAGCAGGCCAGAGCCAUGGUGGACAUAGUGAAGAGAUACAACUGGACCUACGUUUCUGCAAUCCACACUGAGGGGAACUAUGGUGAGAGUGGGAUGGAGGCGUUUAAAGAGAUGGCGGGAAAGGAAGGGAUUUGUAUCGCUCACUCUGAUAAAAUCUGGAGUAACGCCGGCGAGCAGAACUUCGACCGUCUGCUGGCCAAACUGCGCAAGUAUCUGCCCAAAGCUCGCGUGGUGGCGUGUUUCUGCGAGGGCAUGACCGUACGAAACAUCCUGAUGGCCAUGAGACGACAAAACCUCGUCGGAGAGUUCCUGUUGGUCGGCAGUAACGCCGGCGAGCAGAACUUCGACCGUCUGCUGGCCAAACUGCGCAAGUAUCUGCCCAAAGCUCGCGUGGUGGCGUGUUUCUGCGAGGGCAUGACCGUACGAAACAUCCUGAUGGCCAUGAGACGACAAAACCUCGUCGGAGAGUUCCUGUUGGUCGGCAGUGAUGGCUGGGCGGACCGUUACGACGUCACUGACGGGUACGUGCGCGAGGCCGCCGGUGGCAUCACCAUAAAGCUGCAGUCCCCAGACGUGAAGUGGUUUGACGAUUAUUACCUGAAACUACGUCCCGAAAACAACCUGAGAAACCCCUGGUUCCCCGAGUUCUGGCAGCACCGCUUCCACUGCCGGCUGAAGGGACACCCGCAGGAGAACAACAAGUACAACCGCACCUGUGGGAAGCGGGAUUCUCUGCGGCAGCAGUACGCGCAGGACACCAAGAUGGGCUUUGUGAUUAAUGCCAUCUACAGCAUGGCCUACGGCCUCCACAACAUGCAGAAAGCUCUGUGUCCCGGUAUGGUAGGACUGUGUGAUGCCAUGAGGCCCAUCGACGGUGCAAAGCUCCUCGAGUUCCUCAUGAAGACCAACUUCUCUGGAGUGUCCGGGGAAAACAUUUAUUUUGACGAGAACGGCGAUUCUCCUGGGAGUUACGUGAUCAUGAACUUUAAGAAGAUGGGGAAAGAUUAUUUCGACUACACGAACGUGGGCAGCUGGGACAACAGUGGACUGCAGAUCGAUGACGACGAGAUCUGGCCCAACAAAGAUGACAUUAUUAAAUCAGUGUGCAGUGAACCCUGCGAUAAAGGUCAAAUCAAGGUGAUCCGUAAAGGAGAGGUCAGCUGCUGUUGGACAUGCACUCCCUGUAAGGAGAACGAGUUUGUUUUUGACGAGUACACGUGUCGCGUGUGUGAGCUUGGAUCAUGGCCCACCAACGACCUCACCGGAUGUGACCCCAUCCCAGUGGAGUAUUUGAGGUGGGGUGACCCUGAGCCCAUCGCAGCCGUGGUCUUCUCCUGCUUGGGCCUGAUGGCCACGUUCUUCGUCACCUCCAUCUUCAUCAUCUACCGCGACACUCCGGUGGUGAAGUCAUCCAGUCGCGAGCUGUGCUACAUCAUUCUGGCGGGCAUCUGUCUGGGCUACCUGUGCACCUUCUGUCUUAUCGCCAAACCUCAUGUCAUCUACUGCUACCUGCAGCGGCUGGGCAUUGGCUUAUCGCCCGCCAUGAGCUACUCGGCCCUCGUCACCAAGACCAAUCGCAUCGCUCGAAUCCUGGCCGGCAGCAAAAAGAAGAUCUGCACCAAGAAGCCUCGUUUCAUGAGCGCCUGUGCCCAGCUGGUGAUCGCCUUCCUACUGAUCCUCCUGCAGCUGGGCAUCAUCGUGGCGCUCUUCAUGAUGGAGCCUCCUGACGUCAUCCACGACUAUCCCUCCAUCCGCGAGGUCAACCUCAUCUGCUACACCACCAACUUAGGCGUGGUGGCGCCGCUGGGCUACAACAGCCUCCUCAUCAUGAGCUGCACCUUCUACGCCUUCAAGACGCGCAACGUUCCCGCCAAUUUUAACGAAGCGAAGUACAUCGCCUUCACCAUGUACACCACGUGCAUCAUCUGGCUGGCCUUUGUGCCCAUUUACUUCGGCUCGAACUAUAAGACCAUCACCAUGUGCUUCUCCGUCAGCCUGAGUGCCACUGUGGCUUUGGGCUGCAUGUUCGUGCCGAAGGUUUACAUUAUCCUGGCUAAACCGGAGAGGAACGUCCGCAGCGCGUUCACUACGUCGACGGUGGUGCGCAUGCAUGUGGGAGAUGGAAAAUCAUCAUCCGCGGCCAGCCGGUCGAGCAGCCUGGUCAAUCUAUGGAAGAGACGAGGAUCGUCGGGAGAGACGCUCAGCUCUAAUGGGAAGUCGGUGACGUGGGCCCAGAAUGAGUGCAGUUCCAAAGGUGGCCACCUGUGGCAGCGUCUCUCCUUCCACAUUAAGAAGCGCGAAAGCAACCAAACGGCCGUGAUCAAACCUUUCUCCAAAACGUCUGAGGGACGCUACUGCGGAGGCAGUGAUAUCAACACCGACAACAGUAACAACAAGAUGCUCUACGAGGUCACCGAAGUGGAAGAGCGCUACCCCAUCACCUACCGGCCCCAAACACCCUCACCGAUCAGCACCGUGACCCAGAGAGCGAGCAUCGCUUUAUCACAGAGCGCCGGCGCCACCAACUCCCAGGUCAUGAGCGUCUCCACGUACAUGUGUCAGCCUCCACACCGCGGCAACAGUGGUGGAAGUGCGUCGCAGGGCUCUUUGAUGGAGCAGAUUAGCUGCGUGGUGAACCGCUUCACCGCUAACAUCAGCGAGCUCAACAGCAUGAUGCUCUCCAGUUCUCCUCCAGGGAGCCCUGUGGGUUUGUCCACCAGCGCGUCCGCACACGCUCAAUCUGUGGAGCCCUGCUGCCCUCCACCCUACCGCCUGUCCCGAGAGAUUUCCAUGCCGACCACCAUGACGACCUACGCUGAGAUCCAACCCCUCCCACCAGUGGAGUCUAAUGUGGGUCGCCCCACCCCUCCCUGCCCACUUGUUGUUUCAUCGCGACUCAAAACGUCACCCACAACAAGUGGGAAGGAGCUAAAGGGGGGUGUGUCCUCAGCUCUGGAGUCACCGCCCAAUCAGCAGGAAUUUGAGGAACUGCUAGCACUGACUCCACCCUCCCCCUUCAGGGACUCCGUCGGGUCAGGUAGCGGCUCGCCGAGUUCUCCAGCUUCUGAUACCGAAACGUCCGCUCUUCCAUCCAUCCCAAAAUACGAGUGCCUGGUGCUCCGACACUACAGCCAGAGUUCGUCUUCGUUAUGAGGACAACAGAUGGAAGAAUGACGUAAUUCACACCGGCGGAGACGGACACUGCUUGAGUGUGUGUGUUUACAUGUUCUCACCUUCGUACCAAUGCAAAACAGGGUGUUGCUGCCCCUGCGGAGGAAUAUCUCCAGCAUCAGACCUGCAGUAGAAUCACAACGGUGUCUAAU